UGAUGUUUACUCCGCUUGUUGUUUGGCUGAGAUCAUUGGCAAGUUUGAACUUUCGUGACUUUGUACAACAGCAGGCGCCAAGCUGAGCGUAAAUUGACUUGCUUCAGUUGCGAUCCUAAACAUCUUCGUCUGACUCCACAGUCGACCUACGCGUAAAGAUAAUCCGAGAAAACCUUGUGAUCGUGAGCAUCUUUAGUAGUCUGACUUGAAUAUCUGGAUAUGCCAUAUUUAAAUCUUCACAACUUAGGCGAGGGUCAGAGACCAACGUCGUUGUCUAAGUAGUGAGGAACAGAUGGCGGUCCGAAUAAGCACUCCACUUACCUCUGGAUGGUCAACCCAGCAUCUCGCCGUCCAGCUGUCGCACACAGUUUUGCUAUGAUGAAUGGACGUUGCUGUUUGUGGAAGGCAUUAUGGUGAGCUAGGGCAGUGGCCCAAAAAGCAUAAAAUGUCAGAAGCUACAGACAUUGGCCCAACAAUGUUGUUGACAGCAGAAAACCAUUGUUUCAAGGUUAUGAAAGGGUUGCAGAGUCUGCGGAAGAACUCUGUUCUUUGUGACUACUCACUGGUGGCUGAAGGGGAGGUAAUCAAUGUGCAUAAGGCUGUGCUGGCAGCAUGUAGCGAUUACUUCCAUGUCAUGUUGACUGGUAGUAUGCGAGAGAGUCGAGAAGGCCUGGUGGAACUGAAGGGUGUCUCUUGCACAGGAUUACAGGUUGUGGUGGACUUUGCUUACUCCGGUGUUCUCGAGCUAAACUCGGAUAAUGUUGAGGAAGUUUUGGCAGCAGCGACUCACCUUCAGGUGACUGAUGCUGUUGAACUGUGCAGCCGAUACUUGGAGGCAGCCAUUACUAUUGAGAAUUGUGUAGACAUUUUAAACUUAACAGAGCUGUAUAGCCUGGAACAUACAAGAGAGGAAACAAGAAAAUUUAUUUUGGAGCGGUUUGAAGUGUUUGCUGAAAGUGAACAUUAUUAUAAGCUGACUUCGACACAGAUGGCCAGUUUGUUGUCUGAGAAUUGUCUUCGUGUCAUGUCAGAGUAUCGUCUGUUUGAGCUUGUUCUCAAGUGGAUAGCAUUUGACAAAGCAAACAGAGAAGCCUGCGUGGCUGAUCUGAUGAGAAAUGUCCGUUUACCUCUGUUAUCAGGCGAGGAGUUAGUGGACAAGGUGAGCCGUGUGCCAAUCAUGAAACAAAACCCAGACUGUGUGGAUCUUCUGACUGAUGCAAAAGACUACCACAUCGUCGUAAGUAAGCAGGCUCUGUUACAGACGUGGCGCACUCAGGUUCGCUCUGACAGGACGAGCUUGGUUAUGUGUAAUGCGGACAAUCUGGAGAGCUACACCUUGGAGACAAAACGCUAUGCCUUCCUCAAGGACUGUACUAUCCCUUUGUACAACCCUUGUGUGGUGGUAGUGGAUAACUUUAUGUAUGCAUGUGGUGGGAAAUAUGACAGCAAUGACAACAAUGAAAUUGCCACGGCACGCUGCUUUCGUUACGAUCCUCGCUUUGAUUCCUGGUUUGAGUUGCCGUCCAUGAAUGAAGCACGGAAAGACUUUGUUGUUGUAGUCCACAACAGGAAGCUGUAUGCCAUAGCAGGACAGGACGAGAACAUGGUGAUGUGCACAAUGGAGUGUUUCUCUAUCACAGAGAAUGAAUGGGAGAAGAAGGCCUCACAGCCCCAGGCGGUCUUCAGCCAUGCGGGAGCUCUGUGUAAUGGACGUAUAUACAUAUCUGGAGGGCAGAAGUUCACAGGCUGUUGUAACCAGUUGUCUUGUUACGACCCUGAAUCAGACCUAUGGGAGGAUAAAGAACCCAUGCUAAAUGCACGCUGUAAUCACUCCAUGGCAGAAGUGGCCAACAAGCUUUACAUCACCGGGGGUAAUAUUGAAGACGGGUAUGGUUUUGCAGUACCUGUGAUCAGCAUAGAGACAUACUGCCCCAUAAGUAACCAAUGGACUUUGUGUAAGAGGACAUUAAAUAUUCGUGAGGCUGGUUCUUGUGUUGUUGGAAACAAGAUCUACAUUGUUGGAGGUAUUAAUGGGGAACAUUAUUAUUCUGAUCUUGUUCAAUCAUACAACCCACUUGAUGACACUAUCUGUGUAAUAGAAAAAUUCCCAACAAGAAUUUACUGUAAAGCAUGUUGUAUUUUGACAUUACCUCAGUAUGUUUAGCUUUCAUUAUCAUGUGAUUGAUCAUGCUUCCCCAAAAAUUGUUAAAACCAGUGCUUCCUUAACUGUUGUUUUGUCUAUGUGUUGCAUUUAGUAAGUGAAGAUUGAUUGCAUGAUGUUAUCUAGUUCCCAAAGUUUUAUGGGACAUCUUUUUCCUUUCUUGUGCAUGAAUAUAAUUUAUUAAUAUUAGUGUAGAUUGGAAGGGCCAUUUGGCAAAACAGUAAACAAAGCUUUUUUUUGGUGAAGAAUAUGUUUAUUUAACUUGAACACAAAAGGUGAUAACAUCAAAGUACUUGACACGAAGUUCAGACUAUAAUUAGUCAAUCUGAUUUUAGCGGUCAAGACAUCCUUUUUCAUCUCUGUGUUAUACAUGUAUUUACAUGUACACAUAGCGCUGUUUAUAAUGUGAAGAAUUGAAAAAUGAGGUCAUUAGAAAAUUCGCAUGACUGAAGAAUCUCAUCGACAUUAUGCCAACACGAUUCUAGAUCUCAAUCAGAUGUAUUAUUCUGGUAAUUGGAUAAUGUGUAAAUUGGAUGUAUAAUUGUUGCUCUUUUCAUUGUUAUGUUGAAGGUGUUGUGGAUGUGUGAUAGUUAGCGAAAUAUGCAGGCCGUAUGUGUGUAUACCAUCAUGCAGGGGUAUAUAUCAGUCUGUGAAAUGUUUGACAGGUGUUCAAGGGAGUUUUUCUCAAUGUAUGAAUUUGGAAAGUAGAUCUUUUGUCAUAUUACAAGCCAUAGUAUUGAUAGCUCACAGAUGAAAUUGACUGAUUUAUGUUUUAG